AUGCCGCACUCCAGCAAUGACAAACCUCUGGUCAAGCGCCAGAAGGUGACGACGGUUGAUAGAGCGACAAAGCCUGCUUCCAAUGCCUCGAGGCUCUUUGCGCCGUUUCGAACUGUUGGCCUCGUUUCUCCGACAAGCGUCCCUUUCUCCUCGAUCCCGCUUGGGAAAACCACCUUCCAGAUCACAACAUCCGUCGGGCGAAGCCUACAAACAUACGAUCUGCGCCGCGGUCUCAAUCUUGUCUUUGUGAGCAGGCCCCAAACGCCAGCUGACAUUACCGCAACGUUGGCAUGGAAGGAAAAGGUGUACGCAGCCUGGGGAGGGUCUCGCAAAGGCGAGGAACAGGGCAUCUGGGUGAUCCAGCGUGGCCGUAAGGUCGGGGAGCUUGCGCUACCCUCGGACAUCACAGAACCGAUCAGGCAGAUCUUGGUGCUGGGAACAUGGAUCAUCGCUUGCGCGUCGACUCGGAUCGAGGUCUUCAAGACGGCGACUCUGGAGCACUACACCACCAUCUACACCAUGUCAGCAGCCAACAACGGAAAUGAAAUCUCUGGGGGUAUUGUCAGCAUGCCAACCUUCCUAAACAAGAUCUUUGUGGGCCGCAAGGAUGGUUGGGUUGAGAUCUGGAACGUCAGCACCGGCAAGCUGAUUUACACGAUAUUGCCCCCCAUCCCGGACGCUGGGGCCGUUACAUGUCUCGAGCCAACAACAGCACUGUCCAUGGUUGCGAUAGCUUACGCGAGCGGCACACUCGUCAUCAAGAACGUUCUCACGGACAAGACCAUACUCUCAGUCGAAGCUGGCAAUCCCGAGAGCCCCGUCACCAGUGUCUCUUUCCGAUCUGACGGCAUGGGCGCUGGACAAGAUGGGAGAAAGGACGGUGUUAUGGCCACGGCAGGUCCUUCGUCUGGUGACAUUACGUUCUGGGAUCUGAACGGUGGCGGUCGCGUCAUGGGUGUGUUGCGAAGUGCCCACAACCCGCCUUCCGGCGAGGGCAAGGCUGUUCGAGGGGGUGUGAGUAAGGUCGAGUUUCUCGUUGGCCAGCCUGUCAUUGUGACCAGCGGACGCGACAAUUCUCUGAAAACGUGGAUCUUUGACGAGACUCCCUUCAAUGCCAUCCCCAGGAUCCUCCACGAAAGGAGCGGCCAUGCAGCCCCCGUCAACUGCCUGCAAUUCCUGCCGACAGACUUUGACGGUGCCGAUGCUGGCAAUAAGUGGCUUUUGAGUGGCGGCGAGGACCGCAGUCUUUGGGGCUGGAGCUUACGCCGUGAUGGUCAGAGCACCGAGCUGAGCCAAGGAAACAUUCGUAAAAAGGCCAAGAAGGUUGGCAUCCUCGCGUCGAACGCGCUCAAGCAUGGGCCUACGACGACCUUGGAGGAUCUCAAGGCCCCUGAAAUUACGUGCAUAGCAUCGUCGUUGAACCGCGACGGUGGCAUGGGUGCCAUGCCGGGCAACCAACCUAUCUGGCAGCGGAGCCAAACGAAGAAGCAGGCACAGGACGCUGAGAUUAGCGGCAUGACGGGCUGGGAAAGCGUGGUGACGGCGCACAAGAAUGACCCACUGGCGAGGACUUGGUUCUGGGGUCGCAAGAGGGCCGGUCGGUGGGCGUUCCCUACCGGCGAUGGCAGCAACGUAUCGACGGUCACCAUCAGUCCGUGUGGCACGUUUGCGGUCGUGGGUUCGGAGUCUGGUGGCAUCGACAUGUUCAACCUGCAAUCUGGCGUACACCGUCAGCGGUUUCCCUCACGGUUGACACCUGCGCAAGCCAGACAGCUAAGGCUCCAGCAGUCGAGGCAGACGGACGAUGUUGUGCACUUUCACACCGAAACAAGCAAAUUCUCCGCCGGCAUGGGCAAGCACACCAAGGCCGUCACGGGCAUCGUCGUCGAUGCGAUGAACAAGACCGUGGUCUCGUGUGCGUUGGACGGCAAAAUCAAAUUUUGGGACUUCUUGACGGGGAACCUGCUUGAGGAAAUCAACUGGGCUCCGAUGACAUUCCCGACGGCCAUUCGAUACCACGCGGCGAGCAACCUGGUCGCCUUCUCGUGCGACGACAUGUCGGUACGCGUUGUAGAUAUGGAGACGAAGCGAACGAUUCGUGAGUUCUGGGGACCAAAGGACACCAUCAAUGACUUUUGCUUCUCGCACGACGGGCACUGGAUCAUUGCCGCGUCACAAGACAAGAUUGUCCGGGUGUGGGACCUGCCAACCAGCCAUCUCAUCGACGCGAUCAAGCUGGAGAAGCCAUGCAGAGCGUUGGCUGUGUCGAACUCGGGCGAGUACCUCGCAGCCACCAUCCAAGAUCAGCUGGGCGUCACGCUCUGGACCAACAAGGCACUCUUCAAACAUGUUGCGACGCGACAAAUCUCCGAGAAGGAGAUUGGUCUGGUGGCUGCGCCGACAGUGUCUGGCGAAGGAAACGCGGGCAUGCUCGACGGCGCGUUUGAGGACAGCGAGGAGGCCGACGAUAAUGCCGUGGUGGCCCCCAGCCUCGAUCAGCUCAGCUCGGACAUGAUGACCCUCAGUCUGGUACCCAAGGCGAGAUGGCAGACUCUGCUGCACCUCGAUCUCAUCAAGCAGCGCAACAAGCCCAAGGAGGCACCAAAGUUGCCCGAAAAAGCCCCUUUCUUCUUGCCAUCCACAACCGGUGCCGCGUCAACGCAAGGCCAGGAGAAGGCCGAUGGUGCGGUGGAGGACUUGGGACGAUCACGUAUCACGAAGCUCGACAAGGCGCGGCUUGAGGAGAACUUUGCCUCCAAGCUGCGCGAAGGCGCGGACUCAGGAAACUACGAUCGAUUCAUUGAACAACUCAAGUCCCUUUCACCAUCGAGCGCUGAUCUUGAACUGCGUUCGCUGGCGCCCGGCGACGGCGCAUCCUCGUCAUCGAACGAGUUGUUACAUUUCAUCCAUGCCUUGACAGCACGCUUGAAGGUCCGUCGAGAUUACGAGCUCACGCAGGUCUGGAUGACGGUCUUCCUCCGACUCCACUCGGACGAAGUCAUGGUCAGCCCCGUCCUCAUGGAGGCAUUGACGGUGUCGUAG